UUUAUUCUCUGUAGACUCUCUCCAUAAAUUAUCUUUUAGCUGUUUGAGAGUCGGCCUCUCGCACUUCUGGUCAGCAUCUUCUCGCACUGCCAGAUAUGUUUCUGGAUCCAACAAGCUUACAGCUUGCACACGGCUUUGUGGGAGUUCGCUUUUGAGGCGCCUCAAGAGCAGGCUUUUUGGGAGAUCUCCACGUCGAGGCGACUCUCACAAUCCCCCGCCAGUAGGAUGCAGCGUGUACCAGUAGUAAGUUCUUCGAGCGCUGGCUGAGUGAUCGCUGGGCCCUGGGUGUGGAAUAAGUCGUGAGAAUAGUAAGUCGUGAUAUUAGUAAGGCGUGAGAAUAGUUAGUCGUGAACGUAGUAAGACGUGAAACUAGAAACCCGUGAAAGGAAGAUCGCUUAGAGGCUAGAUCCUCCCUUUGAUUCUCAAAUCCUAGACGGUGCUUCCGCAAGGUCUUAACAUCCGCGGUUCAGCAUGUAGCGGCGAAUUCCCUAUGCUGCAUCUCCUCCUUGCGUGUCAUUCCCAGCAGAUACUGCACAGCCGUGCGUUGCCUUACCUCUAGUUUAGUUUUGAGGCGCCUAAAAAUAGGCUCCUUGCGUGUCGUUCCCAGAGGAUACUACACAGCCGUGCGUUGCUGUACCUCUAGUUUCCCCCUAGCUUACCCCUGGCAUCGCGCGCCUCACAUUUAAAACCGUCAUCAUGACUUUCCUCUUCUCGAAAGCCCUCGCGGAGAUCGCUCAACGGUCAGGAUCGCUCAAUCAAGCGCCGAAGCGGAGCGAGUCGUGCAACUCCUUCUUCAGAGGAGACGAAUCUCUAGAACCAGCGAGUCCCUUUUCCGGGUCGCUCCUUCAGCGGACCAAGUCCCGGAGAGAGGACGGUCCUAGUCGCGUGUUUAGCUGGAUUAUCCUGGCGUUCCAGUCGAAACUCAUUCUUUCCUUCCUCGUGCUGCCGCUGCUGGCGUGCCUCCUCGUGUGGAGCCUGCUCAGCCGAAGCGGAGCGGAGAACCCGAGGUGGUCCGUGGGGAGGCAGCCGUGGCCAGAGGAGAUCGUCGUCGAGUCGUCGCCAUCGUCGUCGCCAUUGUCGCAAGCGUCGCACGGCGGCGUGGCCGUAGCGACUGCGCGCAUUCAAACAGACUCCUUUAAAGAGACCGACUCACGUUUAACGACCAGCGCUGGAGAGUUACCAGUAUCCAGUGUGGAUGAGCAGGGGCCGAAGGAGCGAGAGAAAGCGGUUGAAAGAGGGAGUGAGGCGAUCGGCGGCGGUGAGGAGGGGUCGCGCGUCAGUGGGAGAGGUAGGGGUGAAGCGACAGGUGAGGUGGACGGCUCUGAUGGGAGGAAAGAGGAGGAAAGCACCGGAGGGAAGGAGAAGAGCAGGAGAGAGGGUAAAGGGGAGGGGAGAGGUAGGUCGAAAGAGGAAAGUGGUGCGAGGGAGGAGGAGAAGCGCGAUGGAGGGGAUGGAGAUCGUAAGGCGGAGGCGAGACAGGGUGAGAAGGCGGAGGUUGAGAGCGAAAUGAAGAGCCAAGGCGUCGGGGAGAAAGAGGAGGAGGAGCGGGAAAGGGAGAAAAGGGGGAGUGAAGUGGAAAUGAAGGAGAAGAAGGAGGCGGAAAAGAGGACGAAGAAGAAGAAGGGGAAGAAGCGACGCAAGCACGAGGAGGACAAGCCGGAGGUGAAGCUGGAUGUCCCUGCGGACUGCGACCUGUACCACGGCACAUGGGAGCCGGACACAGAGCCCCCUCUCUACACCAACAACACCUGCGCCGCCAUCUCGCGCCACCAGAACUGCCAGGGCAACGGGCGGCCCGACAGCGCGUACGAGCGGUGGCGCUGGCGGCCGGGGGGGAGAGGGGAGUGCCGCGGGCUGCCGAGGUUCGACGCGGUGGAGUUCAUGCACGUGAUGCGGGGCCGGUCUGUGCUCUUUGUGGGUGACUCUGUGGCGAGGAACCACAUGGAGUCGCUGAUCUGCCUGCUUAGUCAGGUGGAGACCCCCAAUCUCCGUGGCAGCAAGAGCAUGGUCCGCAUGGUGUUUCCCCGCGCCAAGCUCACCAUCGCCCGCAUCUGGUCAGCCUGGCUCGUGCACGAGUCCCCCCUCCCGGACCCCUCCGCCCUCCCCUCCGCCCCGGCGACCCUCCCGCGCCUGCACCUGGACAAGACAGGGGAGAAGUGGUGGCGCGAGGUGGCGCGGUACGACGUGGUGGUGCUGUGCACCGGGCACUGUCAGGGGCAGCAGGGAGCGCAGCGGAGAAGGCUGGAGGGGAGUCAAGGGGUCAUUGGUGGCAAUUUAGAGCCUCCAUUGAACAACACUGCUGCCUUCUCAAUCGGCAUUCGUACGGUCUUCAGAGACGUGGCUGCGGCUGCCAAGGCCAACCCGAACCGGCUGUUUGUCUUCCGAACCUACUCUCCGGACCACUACGAGGGCGGGCAGUGGAACACCGGAGGCUCGUGCGCAGGCCUGGCCGAGCCUCGGGGCAGCGACUACACCUACGAGAACUCCUUCGGAAACACGAUCUACAGCGAGCAGAAGGAAGCUUAUAACGAGGCUAUGGCUGGGCUGGGAGACGGGGACAAGUGGCGAUUCGGCCUGAUGGAUAUUAUGCCGAGUGCGGGGGUGAGGGUGGAUGGGCACCCAGGGCCGUAUAGAGGUCUGGACAGUGUGGCUGAGCUGGAGAAGCGGCGGGAGGAGGAGAGGGAGAAGGGGAAGGAGUCGAAGUUCCCCCCACCCCAGGACUGCCUGCACUGGUGCCUGCCCGGGCCGGUGGACUCGUGGAAUGUGUUUCUGUUUCAGCUCAUCAAGCGGCAUAGGGUCAUGGGUCAGACACCUUCUUAGUGCGCCAGGGGACCUUUCAUGAGCUGGACAGUGUUGCUGAGCUGGACAGUGUUGCUGAGCUGGACAUGAGCUGGAGAAGCAUGAGGAGAGGGAGCGGGUGAAGGGGAGGUAGAAGGGGAAGGGGAAAGAGGCCCGGUUCCCUGCACUGGCACCUGCCCGGCCCCGUGGACUGGUGGGAUGUGUUUCUCUUCCACCUGAUCAAACCGCAUAGGGCCACGGUCCAGGCAAGGCAGUAGAGUUGAUGGGGCAGGCAUGAUCAGCCAGGGUCAGCCAGGGUCAGACAGGGUCAGCCAGGGUCAGACAGGGUCAGACAGGGUCACGGAGUUAUUUCAGGCACGGCAGGUCUGCCUGGGCUGGUGAACUGGUGGGGUGUGUUUCUCUUCCAGCCGAUCAAGCCGCACAGGGCCAUGGUCCAGGCAGGGCAAUCGAGUUGAUGGACAGAUGGACAGACCAUCUGGUCAGAUGGACAGACCAUCUGGUCAGAUGGACAGAUGAUCAGACGAACAGGCCAGGCAGUAGGGACAUGGCAUGGGCCAUGCAUUGCCGUAGCAGGGAUGUCCUGGGGCAGGCAUGUUCUUAGAGCAGUAUGAGCCAGACACGGCCA